CGAAUGUAGUUCCCAGUCAGGUGAAUAUUAGGGUGGAGAGAUAAAAUGUUUAUUCUUUCCUAACAGUUAUAGUCUUGAAAGGUUGGAACUAUAAAGUUCCAUCCCUUAGCAAGACAAUGGCUACUCCUACUCCCUGGGCUCAGGAGGUCAUAACCUGCGACCUUUGUCCUAAGCCUACUCAGCAGUUCUGUAACAACUGUCAAGUCAGUUUAUGUGUGGACUGUGUCAGUAAACAUGUGGACAAAUUCAAGUCCCAAACACACGACAUUGUUCAUUUCACCAACAGGAAGAUCCAGCCAGUGUUUCCUGAGUGUAAGGUUCACUCCAACCAGAGAUGUGAGGCACACUGCCAGCAGUGUCAUGUCCAUGUCUGUCUGAAAUGUAUGAAUUUCUCAGUUCCCAUAAAAGACACGAUAUUGUAGACAUGCAAGAGAUUUUCAAUGAAAAGAAAAAUGAAAUUUUAAAAGAAAACCAAGAAAUUGAAUCCAUCAUUAUUCCCAUGUACAAGAAGAAAAUGGACAAUAUAGCGGGCAAAAUCUCAACAUCAACAGCAAAGUUUGAUGAACUGGAAAUAGAAGCAGAAAAACACAGAAAACUAUGGCACCGAGAAGUCGAUAACAACUUCAACAAAGUUGACUCCAUGAUCAAGUUUACAAGAGAAAACUAUCUCACCUCUCUAAAAUCCCACCAAUCCAAGUAUAAAAAUCAUAUUCCAGAUUUGAUGCAAACUGUUGACCAAAACAAAGAAAUCUUGAAGACCGACAAAGUGUCUGAUGUCAACAACUACAAAUCCAAACUGACAGAAUACAGAGACAUACCUGCUGACAUUGAUGUUAAAGUUCCUUCACUGAAUACAAAUACAGUCCAAGGGAGAGAACUAAGCAUAGAAUUAGGAGAAUACAAGGCUACAUUAACACAGACAUCAUUAUCCAGUCUUACAGAGAGAGUUUCCUUGUAUUUAUCAAUGCGAGAGUUAUUAGAAAAACCCAGAGUGAUAGCCACCAUUCCUACUGGAAUUCAACCUCUAUGCCAAGUGGCCUGUGUAGGAAAAGAUGAAGCUUGGGUUAGUGGUGGUUUCGGAAUUAUAAGACGUGUUGACAUACAUGGGUCACUACAGGAACCUGUUUCCGCCGAAUUUGUACUCAGUCCUUAUGAAAUCUCUGUGACCAGACAGGGAGAACUCAUACACAUUGAUUCUUUCAAUGGAACAGUAAACAUUGUCAGAGAUGGGAGGACAGAGGUACUGAUCACCCCACCACAGGGCUGGACACCAGGAGGACUGUGCUGUACAAGGUCAGGAAACAUACUGGUCAAUGUCAAAAGUAAAAGACAAAACAAAAUACUUCGUUAUCAGGGGAAAAUACUGAGACAGGAAAUUUAUAAAGAUGAACAUAGAAAUAUAAUCUUUAAAGAAGGACAUUGUGUAUUAAAUCUGACAGAGAACAACAAUGGAGAUAUCUGUGUCUCUUAUCUUAAUGCUGGCAUUGUGAUUGUGGUGGACAAGACAGGAAGAGUUAGAUUCAAAUACGAUGGUACACCAGCCAGGAGAGAGAAGCCAUUUAGUCCUAGACUUAUAGUGACAGACUCAAUGAGUCAUAUUAUUGUGACAGAUAAUAACAAUACCUGUCUACACAUCCUAGAUCAGAAUGGACAGUUCCUGAAAUGUGUAGACAAUUGCAGACUAAAUAAACCUAUUGUGUGGAUAGUGAGGGAAGGCUGUGGGUAGGAUUCAUUUAUUCAGGAGAAAUUCAAGUGAUCCAGUACAUCAAAUAAGCAUAGACUCACUGUGUUGUAAAUAGAUAGUGGCAGAGUUUUUCUUGUGA